CGGGUUCCAAAGCCCAACUCCAGGAUCCCAACCUUGCUCAGCCUAACGAAGCAACUUCUCCUGCUGUUCGUCAGCGACCAAUAACCAACACAGCGUUGCUGAAUCUGCUCAUGUCGCGGUGAUUCAUAACUAGAGAAAGAGAGUCGAACACCUUCAAUACCAGCCUGUGUAUAGGCAUGCAGUGUCUUGGCGGCAGCUUGUUCCUGAUGCUGAUCUGGAUCCUGACGGUGGUUAUGGCCCAGAAAAGGAACACAGACCCAAUGAGCCUGGGGGAGAUCGACCCUCAGUGCUGGGAGAGCUCCUCUCUCGCCCUCGUCGAGAUGAAGAAGCUGCGGUUCGCCGAGACGGUCAGCGGCCUUUGGGACUUCAUGAUCUACCUGAAACUCUCGGAAAAACCCAAACACUCCGCCCUGUUCAUUGACCUGGCUCAGCUCUUCUGGGACAUCUAUGUGGACUGUGUGCUCUCAAGGUCUCAUGGACUGGGCAGGAGGCAGAUCGUUACGGGAUAUACCCUGAUGUACCCACAAUACACGACAGGGUUGGCACGCUCAAAUGACAAGCAAUUAAAGUUCUAAAGUCUGCGAACUCCCACAAGAACUUGAGUCUCCGGAAUAUCAACUCUCCCGCUCAAGUGAAGCAAGAUUGUUUGUUCUACGCGUUGUAUCAAUGAACAUGUAGAUAAUUACUUCUCUUUAAUAUUAAACAGUAGCCCUACACGUGGGAUGAUGCAAAGCUGUAAUUAAAAUAGUCUCUUUCAAAUUAGGCAUUGUAAUCUAAUACUUAAAGCGAAACAAAACUCAUCGAGAGAGAAUAUUUUCUACCCAGUAGAUCUGCUGGAAAUAUCCCGAGUGGAUAAGGG